CAAAGAUGCAACUCGACGACCUUGGCCGCCUCCUCGACGACUCGCUCUCGGCGGACGCCGGUCGGCGCCAGGCCGCAGAGGCCGUCCUCACGCAGUCCUUCACGUCGCCCGGCUUUGCGCUGCUGUUGGCGCAGAGCCUCCAGCUGUCGAUGCCAUUGCCGCUCGCCCACCUCGCGUCGCUUCUGCUCAAGAAGGUCGUGAUUGCCCAUUGGGAGGUCGACGAGAGCAACGGGUAUGUGAUUGGCGACGACGAAAAGACGUCGAUCCGCGCGACGCUCGUGCAUGGCCUCUCGCAGCUACUGCACGGCGCGGCGCCGACGCAUGCGAAUGACUCCAAGUUCCAGACCGCGCUAUGUCUCGUGCUCGCCGAAGUCGUCAAGCACGACUGGCCGGAAAAAUGGCCCGACCUCUUUCCCGUCGUCCUUCAGCUCCUCUCGAGCACCGAGAACGAAGCCCACGUCCAGUUUGCGAUCAAGUUUUUCUCGUGUGCGAUCGACCACGUCGCCAGCGAACACUUUGUGGCGCUCAUUCCGCUCCUCUUCCCGCACCUCGAGCGCCUCUUCACGGCCGACCAGUCACCAUCCCGGCUCCGCGCCCGCGUCAUUGCGAUCGUACAGACGUGCUUGACCAUGACCGGCGUCCUCGCCCACGCCGGCGACGCGGCGGCGGGCCAAGUCCUCCACGCCAACGUCACGCCGUGGAUCGGCCGGUUCGUUGCGCUCCUCACGCCUCAGCACGAGGCGCUGCAUCUCUAUGUCCUGCGCGCGCUCGCCGUCUUUGUCGGCGAGUGGCCCAAGGACAUGAGCAGCCUUAUUCCCGACAUCCUUCCGCCGGUCUGGCAACUGCUCGUCGCCGGCGUGCCAGCCUACGAGACGCACGUUGUGCUCGCGACCGACGACGCCGACAACAACGGCUACGAUAGUGACGAUGGCGCGUCGAUUGGGCGCGCGGCGACCGUGGUCCAGCUCUUUGAGUUUGUGCGGUCGCUUGUGCAAGCGCCGACGAAGAAGACCAAAGGACUCAUCGUCUCGGCCAUGCAACCGCUUGUGCUGCACAUGGUCUCGUACAUGCAGAUCACGGCCAGUCAAAUGGAACUCUGGGAAGACGACCCGAACAAGUACAUUGCCGACGAAGACGACGAUAGCAUGGAGUACAACGUGCGCAACUCGGGCGUCGACUUGCUUCAGGAGCUCGAAACGGCGCUCGGCAGCAACAUGCUCUCGACGAUGAUCCACGCCGCGCAGACGCGCCUCGCGGACGCAACGAGCUCGUGGCGGGUGCACGAAGCGUCCUUGCUUGUGAUGGGCACGCUCGCCAAGCCGCUCAUGAAAACGGUAUGUAUCAAUGUGUCAAGUGUGAAAAUCCGCCCGAGACAAGUACGCUCCGACGACUUUGCGAUGACAAUGUGUACAUUGCGCGUAGAUGUCUACUUGAAGGCGCGCGCGCUCUGGUGCGCAAGCCGGUUUGCCAAGGCGAUGAACGAAGCGCAGCUCCAGGCGUUCUUGGACGUAGCCGUGUCGGGCCUCGACGUGCACCAAGUGCUGCCCGUCAAGCUCUAUGCGUGCCGUGCGAUCGGGCUCCUCCUCUUCCACGACCAAGCCGAUACGCUCGUGCAGCCGAUGGCCGCCAACAUCCUCGAUCGUCUCAUGGGGCUUUGCGCGUCGGCGACGACCGAGACUAUCCACGUAGUCUUGGAAACCAUGGCCAGCAUCGUGCACGCGGUCGACGCGCCGCAUGUCGCGCCGAUUGCUUUGCUGUUUGUUCAGUUUGUGCUCUCGCUCUGGUCGCAGCGCGUCGACGACCGCAUGGUACACGACAUGACGAUCUCGAUCCUCGCGGCCUUUCUUGGGUUCGAAGCCGAGACCUCGACGCAGCUCGUCGUCGAAGGCGUCGUCGCCACGUACCGCCCUCUGUUGCACACGCUCCACGUGAGCCAAGCGAUCGAGCUGCUCGAAAUGGUCCUCAAGCACGCUUUGCCGCACGCCACGCCGUCGCUCCAGAGCUCGCUCGUCCGCGCAGUCUUGGACCCGCUUCUGGGGUUGCUUUUGAGCACGGACGACGGGUCGGUGCUGCAGGUCGGUGGUGAUUGUCUCAAGUGGUGUGUCAUGCACGCGGCAAGCGAUGUCCAGUCGACGCCCGUCACCGGCAUGUCGAACGGGGUCGACGGCGUCAUGCAGGUCGCGGCCAAGCUCUUGUCGCCCAGUGUCUCGGACGCGGUCGCAAUCAACGUCGGCGGUCUCGUGAGCCAAGUGCUCUUGCAUCUCGCGAGCGUGCUCCCGGUAGAGACGGUGCAGUCGCUCCUCCUCGCGGUUUCGCAGCGUCUUGCGGCCGCCGCCAUGCCGUCGCUCGUCCAGUCGCUCUGCCUCGUCUACGCCCGCCUCAUCCACUCGCACGGCGCGUCGGUGAUUUUAGAGGCGCUCGCCGCGCUGCCGGCGCCGGCACAUGGCCCAGGCCCGACCAUGCUCGAGUUUGUGUGCGCGACUUGGGUCCAGCACCAAGCCGAGUUCUACGGCCAGUAUGCGCUCAAGGUGACGGUGCUCGCGCUUCUCAAGAUCGUCGAGGCCAACGACGUGCGGGUGGCCAACCUCCUCGUGCUCGGUGACCCCGUGGUCGAUGUCGGGGCCAAGCGCACGCUCCGGUCGUCCAAGAAGACGCACGAGUUUACCCGCGUGCCAUUUUCAACCAAGGUGCUUGGCGUCUUGGCGCAGACGUACAUCCUCGUUGCGAUGGACGCGGAAGACGAUGAGGACGCGCUUGGCGACGGCGCUGGCUGGUCCGACUCGGAGGACGAUGACGAAGACGAUGCACUGUAUGGCCAGGCGCAGAUCUCGUCGACGUUUGCGCCCAGCGACAAGUACCAGCUGCUCUCCGAGAUGCUCGAAGACCAAGGUGGCUUCGGCGAUGACGAGGGCGAGCCCGAUGAAGACGCGCUCGAAGCGGCCAUGGACCCACUCAACGAGAUUGAUCUCAAGAGCCACAUUGCCCACGUCGUGCGCACGUACAGCGCGACGGCCAACUUUAACGCGAUCGCGUCGACCUUGUCAGUGUCGGAGCAGGACAUUCUCAAGGACAUUCUGCAAAGCUAAAUGCGACCGACGACAACUAGGAAGCUAGACCAUGUAAUGGUAGCCUUUCU